CGCGGGGGAGGGGGCAGGACGCCACCUCGGAAGGGGGUGCCGGGGUCAGGAGGCGAGCCGCUCACCCCAGGCCCUCUCCGGGUGUUCUCAACCUCCAAAGGACAAGCAAGCGCCAACUCAGCGCCCAGCGGACCCACGCCAGACUCUCGCCCAGAGGCGCUGGGCCCAAGCCCGGAGGCCCAGCGAGCGCCACCGGAGGAGCCCCGCAGCCGCCAUGCUAAAAGCCAAAAUGGCUGCCCCGAGGAUGCCCGCAGCGCGCCGCCCGUGAGGAGGGAGCGGGCCGCUGCGGGAGCGGGGGAGGGGGCGCCGGGAACGCAGUCGCCGCUGGCCACGCCGGAGCCUCGCAGGCUGAAGCUGCAGACAGCCCUAGCCGUAACUUUUCAUUAUCUUUGGAAAGAAACUGGCCAGCGGGGAAAUGAUCAAGUUUUUCCUCAUGGUGAACAAACAAGGCCAGACCCGGCUGUCUAAGUACUAUGAGCACGCAGAGAUCAAUAAACGGGCUCUUCUAGAAGCAGAGGUCAUCAAGAGCUGUCUGUCUCGAGCCAGCGGACAGUGCUCGUUCAUUGAAUAUAAGGAUUUUAAACUGAUCUAUCGGCAAUAUGCAGCUCUCUUCAUUGUGGUCGGAGUUAACGACACUGAGAAUGAAAUGGCUAUUUAUGAAUUCAUACACAAUUUUGUGGAAGUUUUAGAUGAGUACUUCAGCCGAGUGAGUGAACUAGAUAUAAUGUUUAAUUUGGAUAAAGUCCACAUCAUUUUGGAUGAGAUGCUGUUAAACGGCUGCAUUGUGGAAACUAACAGAUCCAGAAUCCUUGCCCCUCUCCUGAUCCUGGACAAGAUGGCAGAAAGCUGAUGAAGACGGCCACACAAGGUCUGAAUGGUGACCACCACGAAUGAUACCACAACCGUAACAACCUUCGCCAUCCUACAAAGAAAUGUUUUCUCUUCACAGAGAGCCAGGAUUUCCCCUGGUCACUGCAAGCCUGCUUUUCCUUCUGCAGGAACAGUGGGGUUGUAGUGGGAAGUUGUAUGGUGUGGCAGUUGUCCACCAGCCAAGAAACUUCGAAGUGACUUGACUAUGA